UAAAGGGCAUAGUGGUCAAUUGGAGCAGUUUGUAGAGCAGAACAACAAUGAUUGGAUAAAAAAUCUGGCUACUUCUUCUUCCUUACUCUUAUAGGUGGUUUCGUGUUUCUUGACUGCACAGAAUUUGUUGCCAUGAAUAUCAACUACAAACCAUGGUUGAUGAUUCCAUUUCUUUUCAUCUGCUGUUUUCUCAAAUUUCAUGUCUGCUUUGGAGCUGACACCAUCUCUGCAAAUCAAUCUCUCUCUGGUGACCAAACUAUUGUCUCUGCCGGCGGGGUGUUUAAAUUAGGCUUCUUCCAGCCAGGUAACUCUUCAAACUACUAUAUUGGCAUGUGGUAUGAUAAAAUAGCUCUGCAAACUGUGGUUUGGGUGGCAAAUAGAGAGAAACCAAUUUCCGAUAAAUAUUCCUCAGUUUUCAGAAUCUCAGACGGUAAUUUAGUCCUUUUUGACGAGUCCAAAGCGCCAGUGUGGUCCACAAAUAUAACCUCUUCCACCUCAACUUCUCUUGAAGCAAUUCUCCUGGAUGAAGGAAAUCUGGUUUUGAGAGAAUUGUCUGGUAAUUCAACCACAUCAUUAUGGGAAAGUUUUGAUCAUCCAGCCCAUACAUGGAUCCCUGGAAUGAAGAUGAGACUCGACAAGCGGACCAACGUAAGCCAACGUCUCAUUUCAUGGAAGAAUGUAGAAGAUCCUGCACCUGGUCUCUUCUCCCUUGAGCUAAACCCAGAUGGAUCCAAUUCGUAUAUUUUAUUAUGGAAUGGAUCCCAACGGUACUGGUCUAGUGGACCUUGGGACGACAAUCAAAAAAUUUUCUCGUGGGUUCCUGAAAUGACACAAAACUAUAUCUACGAUUUCAGCUUUUUUUCAAAUGAAACAGAGAGCUAUUUUACAUAUUCAGUGAAAAAUAGCAGUCCCAUCACUUCUCGAUUUCAUAUAGAUUUUUCCGGGCAGAUUAAGCAAACAAAUUGGUUAGAGAGUACCCAGUCUUGGUUUCUGUUUUGGUCCCAACCCAGGCAACAAUGCGAGGUUUACGCUUUUUGUGGUCCAUUCGGCCUCUGCACUGAACAAACUCAGCAAUCAUGUGGUUGUUUAAAGGGUUUUCAGCAGAGCUCAGAACAAAAUUGGACCUUGCAGGAUUAUUCCGGUGGUUGUGUGAGGAAAACCGAACUGCAAUGUCAAAACAAUAGUAUAGCCAAUGGAAAGAGGGAUAAAUUUUUAACGAAUUCGAACAUGGAAUUGCCCGAAAAUUCGCAAUCUGUGACAGUAGGGAGUAUAGAUGAGUGUGAAGCAACCUGCUUGAAUAAUUGCUCUUGCACUGCUUAUGCCUAUGAUAAUAACCAGUGUUCAGUUUGGUUUGGAAGUUUGUUGGGUGUGCAGCAAGACGCCUCAGAUGGAAAAACUCUUUAUCUCAAGCUCGCAGCUUCGGAGUUUUCAAGUCCCAAAAGCACUGGGAGAACAAUUAUUGGUGUUGUUGUGGGCUCAGUGGCAUUUAUAGUUCUCUUAGGCCUUGCUGUUUUUAUAUAUUUGAGGAGAAAGAAAACAAUCAAAACAACCAAAGCGGUUGAGGGUUCAUUAAUGGCAUUUGCAUACAAAGAUCUGCAAAACGCCACUAAGAAUUUCUCAGAAAAAUUGGGUGGGGGAGGUUUUGGUUCUGUUUUCAAAGGGGUUUUACCAAAUUCAAGUGUCAUAGCAGUUAAGAAGCUUGAAAGCUUGGGCCAAGGAGAGAAGCAAUUCCGAACAGAAGUCAGCACAAUAGGAAAUAUCCAACAUGUCAAUUUAGUUCGGCUUAUUGGAUUCUGUUCUGAACGUUAUAAAAGGCUGUUGGUCUAUGAUUUCAUGCCAAAUGGUUCUUUAGAUUGCAGUCUCUUCACUGAAAAGAGUUCAGAGGUUCUGGACUGGAAAAGAAGAUAUGAAAUUGCACUGGGGACAGCCCGAGGCUUAACUUAUCUCCAUGAAAAAUGUAGAGAUUGCAUCAUACACUGUGACAUAAAGCCAGAGAACAUUCUAUUAGAUGCUGAAUUUUGUCCAAAAGUGGCAGAUUUUGGGCUGGCAAAGUUGAUGGGAAGAGAAUUCAGCAGAGUCUUGACAACCAUGAGAGGCACAAGAGGUUAUCUUGCACCGGAAUGGAUUUCAGGAGUGGCCAUAACAACCAAAGCAGAUGUUUACAGUUAUGGGAUGAUGCUUUUUGAACUUGUAUCCGGAAAAAGAAACUCAGAGCAUUCAGAAGAUGGAAAAAUGAAAUUCUUCCCAACUUGGGCUUCAACUGUAAUUGCAGAAGGGGGUGAUGUCCUUAGCUUAUUAGAUCCAAGGCUGGAGGGGAAUGCUGAUGUAGAGGAGAUUUCAAGAAUUUGUAAAGUGGCUGGGUGGUGCAUCCAAGAUGAUGAAACUCACAGGCCAACAAUGGGUCAAGUGGUUCAGAUACUUGGGGGGGUUUUGGAUGUGACCCGUUCCCCAAUUCCAAGAACUCUCCAAGUUUUUACGGAUAAUCCGGAACAUAUAAUUUUCUUCACCUCCAGCCAGAAUUCACAGUCACAGACUAAUACUUCAGCUGCUUCAUCUGAGGCCAAGAGCAACACAUCAUCCACAAAUCCGCAGAUCCAAAUGAAGACAACGCAUUAAAUUUUCUGGUUUGAGGGUGCCUUUUUGGCCUUUUGAUGUAUCUACCUACUUUGUCUGUGCUAACAAGUUGUAUGUAUGUGUAUACAUAUAUGUACAUGUUACAUGGAAAUAUUUACUAAAAUUAUCAAUCCUUUUUAUGCAUUA